AUGCUCACCAGUACGCAGGACGCCAUCAUUCUCCCCCUCCGCAUAGCGACGUCGCCAGCCCUACUGCGAACCUAUCUUCGCACUGUCCUCCUCUUUAUCACCUCGACCAUCCUCUUCGCCUUCGCCGUCGUCGCAUACUCGUCCUUCUACUACAACUACAUACCCGUGCGCGGCAUCUCCGUACCCGUAUACCUGCAAUUCGACCACGGUCCGAUAAUACCCUACGCAAACGCGCAAUCAAAUGGCGUACCGACCGGCAAGCCCGCUAAAUGGCCCUAUGGUCUCGCCAACAUACCCGGCUUGGUAGACCGCCAGAAGUACGAUGUCGUUGUCGAGAUGGAAGUUCCGCGUAGCGAUACAAAUCUGAAAGCGGGGAACUGGAUGGUUGGGUUGGAGUUCCGGGGUCCUACAACAAUCGGACAGGGUGUCAAGCAUCUACUCGGGUGGGAUGAGGAGUGGAGUGUCGAAGACCACAGUCAAGGCGGUACACCCGGUGCCACGGCGGAGAAGAUCGUCACAGAAGGUGCUACGAGCGGGACGCCUACCGUACUAGCCAGAAGUCGGAGACCAGUUCUCUUGACGUAUCGAAGUCGGAUACUCGAGAUCAUCUACAGGCUCAUGCGGCUGCCAUUGUAUCUUAUCGGCUGGCACACAGAGUCCGAACACAUCGAGAUCAGCAUGAUGGAAUCCGUCAUGUUCGAACCUGGAUACCGCAACAUACCGUCUUCGCUCCGCUUGGAAAUACGAUCGAAACUGCCCCUCGAAGUCUACCGCGCCAGCGUACGCAUCAGCGCCAGAUUAGAAGGGUUCCGCUGGCUAAUGUACCGAUACUGGCUCACCAGCGCCAUAGUCGGUAUCCUCACAUUCUGGGGCAUGGAGAUGGGUGUUUUGCUCUUCACAUGGGGCAUUUUUACCUUGCUAUUUAGCAGUCCCAGUUCCAAUCCCCCAUCCCAGGACGAUGACGCGUACCAGGGCAAAAUCAAGAAAGAAGAAGGCGAACCCUUCCCCAAACUCGAACACGCAGACAACACAGAACCAGGCACACCCUACAGCGACACUAGUCGUACUUUCCCCACACUCCCUUCCCAACAACCGCUCUCGUAUAGCUCGCCCAGUCCGAAAGAAGAAGGGGGAGAGCUUAGGCUGGAAGAUAUUCCUACGAGAGAGGAGCAAGAGGCUGAUGACGAAGAGGAUGAUGAUUUCAUCUUGGAAGAGCCGGUGCCGAGGGGUGUGGAGAGGGAGGGGGUGUUUACGGAUUCGGGGAUUGGGACGAGUUUGGAGAGUAGUGUUGAGAGGGGGUUGGCGAGACGGAAGAGUGGGAGGGGGAGUGGGAAGGAUAGGGAUGGGGGUUAG